AUGGUGAGAUUCAAAAAUCGAUAUGUUUUAAUCAAUUUAAUGUUCAAUCCUAAUCUGAUUAAUCUUCAAACCGAUGAACUUAUCAAUUUAAAUUCAAAAGAAAUCUUAGAAUCUAUUAGACAUUCAAUUCUUCAACACUUUGGUGAGCUUAACUUGGGUCAAUCUACUGCUUCUUUAAAUAUCAAAUAUUAUUCUCCUAUCACUUCUUUACUUAUCUUACGUUGUUCAAGAGAUUCGAUUUCGAUUGUUAGAGUAGCUUUAAUGUUAAUUCGUCAAAUCAAAGGUCAUGAUGUGAUUUUUCAAUCUAUCAAUGUAUCAGGUACGAUGCGGAAAACUCAAGAAGCUGCUAUUCGAUUUGAUAGAGAAUUAGUUCUUCAACAUUCAACUAAUAUUUCUUCAUCAACUUUAACUGAUCCAAAAGAAAUUCAAACUCGUCAUGAAACAAUCCUGAACAUUGAAAUUUGA